AUGAAUUCCUUUUCACCAAUAUAAAAAAUUUCAAUGCCUACGCCUUUGAAUCCCUUACAAAAAGAUGAACUGAUAGAUGAAGACCCUUUGCUUCUAGAUGAAAAUUGUAAGGAAAUCAAAUUUAAUGACCUUCUUAUUGUACUUAACUAUCAUCCAGACAAAGAAGUCACUUAAAUUAAAAAAUAAGUGUUGAAAUGUUAAGGACUCAAAAAUAUUGAAUGGAUGAAUCCAUCUCUUGACUUAGAAAAUGCUUAAAAUUUAUCAAAUAAAAAAUCUAUAUUAAAGAGAACUAAUAAUAGAAGAUUAUAAUGA